UCCAUGUCUAGAAUGUUCUGUCGGUGUAUUUAAGAAAAGUGUUAGCUAAUCGUUCAGCCUCAUCAGAUAGUUGUGGAGAAGAGGUGCUCUGUAACAGCAAGCAGCACUUUUAUUGUAUAGUUUAUUACGCACACAGGCAGAAUGUCUAAGGGACCAGCAGUUGGAAUUGAUCUUGGCACAACCUACUCUUGUGUAGGUGUAUUCCAGCAUGGUAAAGUUGAAAUUAUUGCCAAUGAUCAGGGUAAUAGAACUACUCCAAGUUAUGUGGCUUUUACAGACACAGAGCGGCUGAUUGGUGAUGCGGCAAAGAAUCAAGUUGCAAUGAAUCCAACAAAUACCGUUUUUGAUGCCAAGCGUUUAAUUGGUCGUAGAUUUGAGGAUACUGUGGUUCAGUCGGAUAUGAAGCACUGGCCCUUCAUGGUAAUUAAUGAGAGUGGUAGGCCCAAGGUCCAAGUUGAGUAUAAAGGAGAGCCAAAAACAUUUUACCCAGAAGAAGUCUCUUCUAUGGUCCUGACAAAGAUGAAAGAAAUCGCAGAAGCUUACCUUGGGAAAACUGUAACCAAUGCUGUGAUCACAGUGCCUGCCUAUUUUAAUGACUCCCAGCGCCAGGCAACAAAAGAUGCCGGGACAAUUGCAGGGCUGAAUGUGCUUCGUAUAAUCAAUGAGCCAACUGCUGCUGCCAUUGCUUAUGGCUUGGACAAAAAGGUUGGUUCUGAAAGGAAUGUGUUGAUAUUUGACCUUGGUGGUGGCACUUUCGAUGUCUCCAUCCUGACCAUUGAGGAUGGUAUCUUUGAGGUAAAGUCCACUGCUGGUGAUACACACUUGGGUGGGGAAGAUUUUGAUAAUCGAAUGGUAAACCACUUCAUUGCAGAGUUCAAGCGCAAGCACAAAAAGGACAUAAGUGAGAACAAGAGAGCUGUCCGCCGUCUCCGUACUGCCUGUGAACGUGCUAAACGUACCCUUUCUUCAAGCACUCAAGCCAGUAUUGAAAUAGAUUCUCUCUAUGAAGGCGUAGACUUUUAUACAUCUAUUACCAGGGCUCGUUUUGAAGAACUGAAUGCAGAUCUCUUUCGUGGUACACUGGAGCCUGUGGAGAAAUCCCUUCGUGAUGCCAAGCUAGACAAGGCACAGGUCCAUGAUAUUGUGUUGGUUGGUGGGUCAACUCGUAUUCCCAAGAUUCAGAAGCUAUUGCAAGACUUCUUUAAUGGCAAAGAACUAAACAAGAGCAUCAAUCCUGAUGAGGCUGUAGCCUAUGGUGCAGCUGUACAGGCAGCAAUUCUCUCUGGAGACAAGUCUGAGAAUGUUCAGGACUUGCUGCUAUUGGAUGUAACUCCUUUGUCGCUUGGUAUCGAAACGGCUGGAGGUGUUAUGACUGUCUUGAUAAAAAGGAAUACUACAAUCCCCACCAAGCAAACUCAGACAUUUACUACAUACUCUGAUAACCAGCCCGGUGUGCUAAUCCAGGUCUAUGAAGGUGAGCGAGCAAUGACAAAGGAUAACAACAUCCUAGGGAAGUUUGAAUUGACUGGCAUUCCACCAGCUCCUCGUGGUGUACCUCAGAUUGAGGUGACAUUUGACAUUGAUGCCAAUGGUAUCCUUAACGUAUCUGCUGUUGACAAAAGCACUGGAAAAGAGAACAAGAUUACAAUUACAAAUGACAAAGGUCGACUUAGCAAAGAAGAAAUUGAACGUAUGGUGCAAGAGGCAGAGAGGUACAAAGCUGAGGAUGAAAAACAACGUGAUAAGGUUUCUAGCAAGAACUCCUUGGAAUCUUAUGCUUUCAAUAUGAAGGCCACUGUUGAAGAUGAGAAACUAAAGGGCAAAAUCAGUGAUGAUGACAAACAGAAAAUCUUGGAUAAGUGCAACGAAGUAAUUUCUUGGCUUGACAAAAAUCAGACUGCUGAAAAGGAAGAAUUUGAACACCAACAGAAGGAGCUAGAGAAGGUUUGCAAUCCAAUCAUCACAAAACUAUAUCAAAGUGCUGGUGGGAUGCCUGGAGGAAUGCCUGGAGGAUUUCCUGGUGCUGGGCCCACACCAUCUGGUGGUGGUUCAUCUGGUCCAACCAUUGAAGAGGUUGAUUAGAGGGUUUGGUUUAAGCCAAGGCUGGCCAUUGGCUGAGACUGAGCUGUUUCCACAUUUGCAUACUUGAAGCUGUAUGCUGAGAACUGCAUACAAGUUGGCUGUUUCAGUUCAUUCCAAUAAAAGUGAAUAGAUA